CUGCAACACAACAAUGCAACAUUUCGAAAAUCGCCUUGGGCGAUGAACUUAAUUAUACAUAAACUUCGUAGUUUCAAAUUUUGAAGCACAUCAGAUAAGUCGUUGUUGCACGAUGAAUGUUCACUAAAUUUGAGCCCUUAUCACCUGCACACCGUCAUUUGCGUCGACUCGAAAAUGGUAAACGAACUUCUGCGAUCAGUUCGCAUUACGAAAUUACUAAUCGAUGACAGACCCUCAAUGCCUAACAGUUAUCCUCGCCAUCUUCGCCAUCAUCAGACUCGGAUUCCUCAGCUGCCUCCUCGUCAACGUCAGGUUUUCCAUUCUCCCUCCAUUCUUCAGCCACCUCCCGACAGAGUGUCUUCAGUGGUUUCCGUUCCGCGUCUGGUUUUACCAGCUCGAUUCUGUAAGCCUGCAUGGCAUGAGCAAUGGCUCGUUCUUGCUCCUCACGUGCGAGCUUUUUUUUCCUGGAGAUGGACUGUGCAUGCUUGGCCAUGGUGAGAUUCAACAGACUUGCAAGUCCGAGUCGCACGAAGUGUGCGAUUACAUAUUGAAGCACAACCUUAGCAAUGAUCGACGAUCGCGAAGUCUAUCACUCGCUUAUCAGUUGAUUAGAGACUCUCGAGACAUCCUCGACCGGCAUUGCUCUGGCAAUGCACUCGCUCGUUUGAUCACCUGCGGAAUACAAUUGUAUUGUAUAUAGAGGCUAUAUACAUGUAUUGCAUCAGUUUCGGAGUCAGAUGUCAACAUGUCACACAUUGGGAC